AUGGAACUGGUGAUAGCGAUCGUUAAAGAACCAGUUAAAAAUACUGUUCGUUCAUCUUCUAACUAUGAAACUGCGACUAAAUAUGAAGCUAAAGCAUAUGCAUUUGCUAUUGCAUUUUAUACAGGUGCAUAUAGUGAAAUGCUCAGUCUAAAUGCAAUCAUUUUUGCUCGUCGUUGGCAACGAAACAAAGCAACAAAUGCAGAAAAUGUACAAAUUGAUGAUAAUGCUGCUAUGAUUAUGUAUUAUGUUAUAAAAGGUCUUUCACAUAUUAAUUUCUAUUGGGGUCGAGUUAUUGAACUUGGUCUUUGCAAAUAUGUUGCAUUAUGGGUUGAUGAUCAUAUAUUUCAUGAAUGGUGGGAAAAUAAAGGACAUAUGGAAAAAGCCAGUACUCUAGGUACUCAAAUCAAUAUUCAUUUCAUUCCAAAGUCUACAACUCAAGGUGCAAUGGCCUUUCUACGAUACGAAUUUGGAGCACGAUUAAAAAAUAGUGGUACAUUUAGAAUUGUCACUGAUCUGAAUCGAGAUAAUGAGAGUUCAGCAAGUGAUGCUGGUGUUCGUCUACUUGUUCAAGUCCGAAAAUUUGGUGUCCAUCAGAAAUGUCUUAUAUUUACUGGGAACGCAUCGGAAGGACGCCGAAAAUUAAACAAAAUUUUUCAGGGAAAUCAAUUGGAUGAUAUUAAAAUAACCGAAGAUUCGAUAGAUCUUGAGCAAUUUGUUCUGUUCAAAUGA